AUGUCUCCUGACACCGCUGUCUGUAUUGCCGAAAAGCUAAAACCUAACGACGAAAAUGUAGUUAUCGAACCAGUUCUGAAAGUGCAUCGUGCCUAUAGAUUCAUCUCUAAGACGCCACAAUGUGAUCGCUAUGUUUUGUGCCAAUUGAAUUCAGUUGAACAGAAUCCACCAACAAAUUUACAAUCGCGUGGUCUCAUUUCUGGUGUUAGUCCAAAAAUAGUUAAGAUUGGUAGCAUGGGUGCAGCUUUCUUCAUUAGCACUGAAACUGGCACACCAUUCUGGACACUGUUCGGUGUCAUUAAUGCACCAUACAAUUGUGAGACCGCAUAUCCUGUUGACUGCAGCGGUUUUCACGAGGGUGAGGCAAAAGUUACUACAGAAUACAUACACAAUGAACUGUGAAGACUAAGUGA